GCCAUUCCUGUAUAAUCGAAUACUACGAGUACUCGUUUGCCAUCUCGAAAACCACAUCAUCUGAAGCCAUCUGUUGGCCUGAUGAUUGAUCAUGAUCACAUGGAAUCGUAAACUAGGUUUGAUAUGAUCCCAGGGCCCGUCAACAGCAAGAAAUGCGAUGUGAGAGCCAGCAACCGUGACGUCCUAUCAAAGCUGCCGUAUUCACGCGAUGAAUUUCGGGCGGUAACUAACUUGCUCAGGCUACUGUUGAUGUUGGACGCUGGACGUCGAAUGGAUCUUCCUCUGCAGAAACAGUAUGUGCUGAGAAAAUGCCAUCAUCGAGAUCCUCGUAAUACCGUGGAGAUGGUAUCUGCACCAAACACCUCCUCACGACCAGAACAACCCUCAAAACGAGGCGUUGCUAGCAGCUGGAGAAUCGCCUCAGGCGACUGAUGUCUUACGGCGACGUCGAGCAUGAGAUGAAUCCUUG